GUUCACAGCUUACAACCCGCGGAUUUACAAUCCACAAUUUACAGAGAUUUCUGCCAAGGGAUACCUUUCCCCACAUAUGUAUAUCCUUCAGAAAUGCGGUGGUUCGUGACUCCAAAGAUGGUCUAGCUGCAUUUUCUGAUCUGUGAAGCAGCAACAGCCCACUAGCCAGGAUGUCCAGUAGCUCGGGCUACCCCCCUAGCCAGGGGAGCUUCAGCAGCGAGCAGAACCGAUAUCCACCACACUCUGUCCAGUACACCUUCACCGGCACACGCCACCAACAGGAUUUCCCCGUCCCAGACUAUCGUACUCACAUGCAGGACCCACAGGGUCGGAGAAGACUAUCUUUACUGUCUGAAUUCCACCCGGGGGCGGAAAGGCCUCCAGAGAGACGCCAUGGUUACGAACAGCAGUUUCACUCCAUCACAACCCAGGCUGAGCAUGAGGCCAUGGAGGCUAAACGCCCUCGCAUGGAGACUGUUGCUGAAGCCCAUAUCACACGUACACCUUCCACAGCAGGGGGUAUAGUGUUGCCCAUGCCUCACACUGUACAGGACAGUUUAAGAGCCACUGUAGAUGUAAAAAAGGAGUCUCAGUUCACUGUCAAAGUGGGGUCCCCAUCCCCAGGAGGACCUACGCUACACAUGGGUGAGGAACAGGACACUUCUCCUUCCAAACUCUCCAAGGAGGAACUGAUCCAGAGUAUGGACCGUGUGGACAGAGAGAUUGCUAAAGUAGAGCAGCAGAUUUUAAAGCUGAAGAAAAAGCAGCAACAACUUGAGGAAGAAGCAGCAAAGCCAGUGGAGCCAGAAAAGCCGGUGACCCCUCCUCCAGUGGAGCACAAGCACCGCAGCAUAGUCCAAAUAAUCUAUGAUGAAAACAGAAAAAAAGCUGAGGAGGCCCAUAAAAUACUGGAAGGCCUUGGUCCCAAAGUUGAGCUGCCAUUGUACAACCAGCCAUCAGACACAAAGGUGUACCACGACAACAUCAAGACAAACCAAGUCAUGAGGAAGAAGCUGAUACUGUUUUUUAAAAGGAGGAACCAUGCACGUAAACAGAGGGAACAGAAGAUCUGUCAGCGCUAUGACCAGCUGAUGGAGGCGUGGGAGAAGAAGGUGGAGCGCAUGGAGAACAACCCCAGACGCAAAGCCAAGGAGAGCAGAACACGGGAAUACUAUGAAAGGCAAUUUCCGGAGAUCCGCAAACAGAGAGAGCAGCAAGAGCGCUUCCAGAGAGUUGGACAAAGAGGAACCGGUCUGUCUGCAACCAUUGCAAGAAGCGAGCAUGAGAUUUCUGAAAUCAUAGACGGCCUCUCUGAGCAGGAGAACAACGAGAAACAGAUGAGGCAGCUGUCAGUCAUCCCUCCCAUGAUGUAUGACUCCGAGCAGAGGAGAGUGAAGUUUAUCAACAUGAACGGCCUAAUGGAUGACCCCAUGAAGGUGUACAAAGCCCGGCAGUUUAUGAAUGUUUGGACCGAGCACGAAAGGGAGAUUUUUAAGGAGAAGUUCAUACAGCAUCCCAAGAAUUUUGGCUUGAUAGCCUCCUAUCUAGAGAGAAAGAGUGUUGCUGACUGUGUCCUGUUCUACUACUUGACCAAAAAGAACCAAAACUACAAGACAUUAGUGAGACGAAACUAUGGAAGACGGAGAGGAAGGAACCAGCAAAUAACACGCCCUGCACAAGAAGAAAAGUCAGAAGACAAAAACGAAGAGGACAAAUCAGAGAAAUUGGAGAAAAAAGAGGACGAAGAAAAGAAGGACGAGGAAGAGAAAGAUGAAAAGGAGGAUUCUAGGGACAUUGGCAAGGACAAAGACAAGUGUGACGGUGGGGAGGACGAGGACGGAAAGGAGCAAAACACGCCGCGUGGCAGGAAGACUGCCAACAGCCAGGGCCGCCGUAAGGGAAGGAUCACCACACGCUCCAUGGCCAAUGAGGCUGCAUCUGUUGCAGCCGAGGAAGCGCCUCCCUCUGCUUCUGAGCCUGCGCUGCCAGAUCCUCCACAGCUCCCUAAAUCUGAUACAGCACAAAAAGGCAUGAAGGAGCCUGCAAAAGCCCUGACUCCAGUGGCAGAUACUAAUAAAGCUGGUGCUGGUGAAACCGGAGAAACUUCUCGCUGGACCGAGGAGGAGAUGGAGGUCGCCAAAAAAGGGCUUGUUGAACAUGGCCGGAAUUGGACAGCUAUUGCCAAAAUGGUGGGCACCAAAAGCGAGGCGCAGUGCAAGAACUUCUAUUUCAAUUACAAGAGACGUCACAACUUGGACAACCUGCUCCAGCAGCAUAAACAAGACACUCGGAGGGCUCGUGCUGAUAGGUCUCAAGAAGAAGGACAAGCAACAGCAUCACCUGAUGAUGACGAGGACAACGCAGAUUAUAGCGAAGGUGGUGACAACAGCUCUGACACAGAGAGUGCCCCAUCCCCCUCUCAGGCUGACUCUUCAAAAUCUGGUGACUCUAAGAGGGCCGACAGCUCCACGGGUGAUGCUCAGUGCACAGACCAGGAUGAAGGUCAGGCCAACAAUGGAAGGGCCCCAGAGCCUUCUUACGGGCAACUUCGAGUCAAGGAAGAGAAAAGCCCGGAAAGUGAGACUGGAUCUCAGGAGGAAAAAGUCAGGGUGGCUACCUUUUCUGGCCCAGUGCAUCCCAAAACUGAACCUCAAGAUAUGGAUAUGAAGACUGGGGAAGUUCAGGUCAAGAUGGAGCCUGAAAUCAGGGAAAAGGGGGAAAAGGGAGAUCAUUGCGAAAGGCAGAGGGACCUUAAUUCAGAUAAUGACUCCAGCGCCACCUGCAGUGCUGAUGAGGAUGUGGAAGCAGAGCCUGAUCGACAGAGAAUAUACCCCAUGGAGAAACCAUCAUUGCUCAGCCCUCCAGGCACGGUGCUCGUGUCCUCACCCAAGCAAGCCCAACUCAACAUCCAGCAGCUGCAGCAGCGGGCAGCUGCCAUCCCUCCCAUGGUGCCUGUUCCUUAUGGCCCCGGUGCAGUGCCCAUCAGUGGGUUAACCAUGUUUCAACACCAGAUCAAGGCAGUACAUGAUUCGGCUCACCAGGAGGAGAAGCAGAGGCAGGAUCAGGGAGACCUGGAGCGCAGACCACACUUCAACACUCGAAGCCCCACCAUAAUGGACAGAGAUGGUAAGCCCUUACCCUACAUGCCUUAUGACAUGAUGCUGGCUCUGGACCAGGAGGGUCUCUCCGGUCAGCCAGGCUCUCCCUACAGACUCUCCCCAAGGGAGCUGAGCAAGACCUCACCUCAGCCUGACCCCAACGCCCCCAAUGCCUCCUGCUACAGUGUGCCACCAGUCCUCCACCCUGCCCCUAACCAGCUGGUCCAGGGCAUGAAUGAUGGAGUCCGUGUGACGUUCAGCAGGCCCAGCAGACCCCCCAACAUUCCCUCUCCUCCUCCACUCAUUCCAACCACCAAGCCCACAGAUAAACCCUCCUUCAUCCACGGAGGCUCCAUCUCCCAGGGAACUCCUGGAACAUAUCUGCCAUCUCAUGCUGUCUAUGGCCCAGAAGGUUCUAAAAGUUCAGUGGGUUCCAUCUCUUUAGGUCUUCCUCGCCAGCUGGAUCCCACCAAGCCUGGGGCUGCAGUGUCAUCCAUACAGGAUGGCAGAGGCAACCCAUCAAAAGUUGGUGAAGGUCUGGCUUUCAGAGGGUCAAUCACUCAGGGCACUCCAGCCCUGCCCCAGUCUAGCAUUGCUGCUGACCUUUUGAAGGGCACGAUUACAAAGCUGGCCACAGAGGACCCGAGCAGCCCAGACAAGGCCAGAGGGGAGCAACUGACUAAAGGUCAUGUUAUCUACGAAGGCAAGAUUGGUCAUAUUCUCACCUACGAUGCUAUAAAGAACCCCAGGGAAAACACCCGAAGCCCUCGAACAGGCCUUGAGCUAAAACGCACCCAUGACAUGAUGGAGGGACCCAUGGGCAGAGGGCACUCGGGUAGAGAGCGAGCUCCACUUGAGGGGUUAAUUAGUAGAGCAAUGCCCAGAGAAAGCCACCAUGGAGACUCCAAGGAAAGACCUUUGAUCACUGGAUCCAUUAUGCAAGGAACACCAAGAACUGCUGCUGAUGCUUACGAAGAUGCCAUGAAAUAUGGUAAACAGAUAAAAAGAGAGAGCCCACCUAUCCGCUCGUUUGACGGGGCUAUCGGCAAGGGGAAGCCUUAUGAAGGUGUCAAUACUAUCAAAGAGUUGGGUCGUUCCAUUCAUGAAAUCCCACGACAGGAUCAGUCUGGACAGGAAAUGUGUAAGACGCCUGACCUGCCAGACAGGAGAGUAAUGGAGGGCUCCAUAUCUCAGAUUCACCCUCUGAGCCAGCCUACCAUCAAACACAACGUCAAAUCCCUAAUCACCAGUCCCAGCAAGCUUUCCCACAGCAUGCCCCAACUCGAAGCAAUUGAACGAGCCAAAUAUGAGGAAAGCAAGGCUGUACGCCACACUUCUGUGGUUAACUCCACCACCUCUGUCCUGCGCUCCACACACCAGGAAGCUGGCAAAUCCCAGCACAGUCCGGGCAUGUAUGAGGAUGCCAAUGCCCGCAGGACCCCGGUGAACUACAGCACCAAUCUGGUUUCCAGAGGAUCACCCAUGCUGGGACGUGCUUCAGAAGGUGGUAUGAGCUCUGCAAAAUCUGCUGCACAUGACAGAAAGAGUUCCAUGACUCCAACACAGAGGGACAGUGUCCCGGCCAAGUCCCCAGUGUCAGGCACCGACCCCGUAUCCUCUCAUAGCCCCUUUGACCCCCACCACCGACCUGUUGUUCCUGGAGAAGUGUACAGAGCCCACUUGCCACCACAUCUUGACCCUGCCUUGGCCUUCCACAGAGUGUUGGAUCCUGCUACAGCAUUCAUGUUCCCCAGGCAGCCUUCCCCAACAGGCUACCAUAACACCUACCAGUUGUACACCAUGGAAAACACGCGGCAGACCAUUCUGAACGAUUAUAUCACUUCCCAACAGAUGCAAGUCAUCCCUCGGCCUGACAUGGCUAGAGGGUUGUCACCACGGGAACAACCUGUUGCUAUCCCUUAUCCAAGUGGCACUCGAGGGAUUAUUGAUCUAGCCCAGAUGCCUCCAACUAUCCUGUUGCCUCACCCUGGGGGAACAGGUACUCCCACUUUGGAACGCAACAUCUACCUCACUGGAGCUCAGCCCCCUUUCCCUCCUAGGGCUUUCAACCCAACUUCUAUAUCGCCAGGCCACCCAGCCCACCUUGCCAAUGUGGAGCGAGAACGGGAGAGGGAGCAGCAGGAGAAAGAACGGGAAAAGGAAAGGGAGCAGCGGGAGAGGGAACGUGAGCGGGAGAUGAGAGAACGAGAGCUGGAUCGAUCCAAUGAAUACAUGCGUGGAGGUGGACCAGAGCAGCCGGUUCGGCCUGGGAGUCGAGGUUAUCUGCAUUCUCCUUCUCCCUCACUCCGCACACAGGAUGUGGUGGUUCAGCAGCGGCCAAGCAUCUUCCAGGGAAAGAGUGUCAUCACCUCUCUGAUGCCUCAUCCACCAGCAGCAACUUCAGCUCCACAGAGUAGCUCCCGUUACAGUACUGCAGCUGAUGCUCUGGCUGCUUUGGUGGACGCUGCAGUCUCUGUUCCACACAUGGAUGUUUCCAAGGUGAAGGAGAACAAACAUGAUCGGGAUGAUGACAUGUCUUCAUCAGCUGCAGCGCGGCGGGUACCCAGCCUGUCUGAACAGCAGCAGCAGCAGGAGGCGGAAAGGCGGUCCCUGCCUUCACCGUAUGGUGGCAUGCCGCUGCCAGGCGGUAAGCCCCAUCAAGCUUACUCUGAGGGUGUUGGAGCUAAGGAUAAGGGUCCUCAAACAAAGUCUCGCAUCGAAGAGGAGCUUCGGACUCAUGGGAAGACAACUAUCACAGCAGCUAGCUUCAUUGAUGUCAUCAUUACACGUCAGAUAGCUUCAGACAAAGACGCUCGUGAACGAGGCUCUCAGAGUUCUGACUCCUCAAGCAGCUUGUCAUCCAGUCGAUAUGACAACACUGCUGGAGGAGCAAUUGAGGUGAUAAGCCCUGCUAGUUCUCCAGUCCAGCUACAACAGGACAAACCAGAAGACGGCCAGCAACAAGCAGCAGGUGGCAUGCGGCCUUACGAGAUGAGUCGCUACCGGCCAUCAGGAGAGCCACCUCAGCCUCCUUCCUCCCAGGCAGACAGCUACUCUCAGGUCCCCAAAACUCACAGAGUCAUGACUUUGGCAGACCACAUUUCGCAUAUAAUCACCCAAGACUUUGCCAGGAAUCAGGACCCUCCUGUCUCUUCUUCAGUUUCUGCCACAUUCCAGAGCACAGUGCCAUCAGUGUCCUCUUCGGGCCGAGUCAAGGUGCCCAGUCGCUACAGUCCUGAGAACCAAGUCCAAGCCCCGCACCACCAGAGACCCUCCAGCAGGGUUUCUCCAGAAAACGUCCCAGACAAGUCCAGAGCCAGGCCUGGUAAGUCUCCAGACCGAGGAGGCAGACCAAUGGAAAACUAUGAACCCAUCUCUCCCCCACAAGGUUACCAAGGCAUGGACAAACAAGAGGCUGGUGGGCCUCCAUCCCAGAGAAGAGAAGCUGACAAUUCUGAGAUCAGGAGUGACUCGCGAUCCCCAGGGAGUGUCGGCUACCUUCCUUCCUUUUUCACCAAGCUGGAGAGUACCUCGCCGAUGGUGAAAUCCAAGAAGCAGGAGAUUUUUCGUAAGUUGAACUCCACCUCUGGUGUCGGUGAUUCUGAUGUUGGUAAUGCACAGCCAGGCACAGAGAUUUUCAACUUGCCUGCUGUUACCAGCUCCAGCAGCAUCAACCCAAGGAAUCAGUCUUUUAAUGACCCAGCCAGUAACCUGGGCCUGGAGGACAUCAUCCGUAAAGCCUUGAUGGGCAACUUGGAGGAGAGACAGGAGGAACACCAGGGAGGAGGAGGGGCUGUUGCCAUGAACAACACAUCCGGAAUAGGAGGUGACACCCGGCAGGAAGCCAGCCCAUCACCCAGUAUGGGAAAACAGAAACAGGGCAAAGCAAACAAUCGGAAAACGAAGUCGCCUAAUUUGGGUCAGGCCUAUGCUGGAGGGGAGCGUCCCUCAUCAGUGUCCUCCGUCCACUCUGAGGGCGAUUAUCACAGACCAACCCAACCCCAGUGGAGCUGGGACGACCGACCCUCAUCCACAGGUCCCAUGCAGUUUCCUUACAACCCACUGACCAUGCGCAUGCUGAGCAACACGCCACCCACCUCCAUGGCCUCACCCACAAUACACAGCCAGCAACAGCAGCAGCCACCUCCAGCCGGAGCACCGGUGGCGCAGCAGCGAGUGUGGCAGUCUCUGCUGUCAGAACAAUACGAGACCCUGUCUGAUAGUGAUGACUGAACCCUGACUGCUACAGCCCCACUCACCAAAAGAAAGGCCUACCCUGAGGCUGGUCUGUUCACGCCCAUCUCCUGGAACUAACCUCGCUUACUGGCGAGUGUAACAAGUAGAUUGGGUGGCGUCUUUAUUUUUUAAGUUUUCUUUCUGGUGCUAUGGCGCCCCCUGGCUGUUGGCUACCCAUAGAAGCAGCAGCAUGUGACAGGCAAGGCUCUCCUGAACAAGACCUGCUCUUGCUCCGGAGGCUCUCACCCAGCCUGUCAGAGAGUUAAACAAAGGUCGACCAAGGGGAUGACAUCGGCUACGGUCAAGCUGAAGAACUAAAACUGUAAAAGAUUUCUGAUUUUUGUCUGAUUUCUGUAAAGAUAUUCCCUGUCUUUAAGAAAAUCAUUGUAUGUAAAUAGAGUAACCUUUUGCAGUGUUUUUUCUUAACUUGAUUAUUUCUUAUUUUAAUGUUGCUUUUAAAUUGAUCCACUUUAAAUGGCAAGAGCAAAUGGUGUAAUCUUUAAUAUUGCAGUUGCUCUCCUAGUCAACUCCCAGCCCUCGUCACCCAGCACCCACACAAAUAUUUUUAUCACUGCAACGCUAAGAGAGACCGGACCUGUGGUUUGUACUUGACCGUGAGGGGAUCACACAGAUUGUGCCACCCUGCGUGCCAUCCCCCAAGCACCACCAGAACCUGAACGUUGUGGACAUAAGAGGACAAAAAUGAAACUCAAAACAUGUUAAACAGCGUUGACAUCUGAUGCCCGUCUGGGUCACACAGUGGAGAUGAUGCAUGGAUUGUAACUGUCAGGUGGUAGAGAUAUCUUCUAACCCCGAUAUAGCAGAAACGUCAAAACAAGUUGAGAACACUGGUGUCAUAGCAGAAAGGUGAAAUGUCUGAUAUAAGCUUGCCAGAAAUUACAUACUUAUGACUACUUCUGGACCCCUUCUGAAUAUUGAAAGUGAGCCAAUGUUUUUUCUGUUUUCUUUUUGUUUGUUUCUCUUUUGUCCUUUCAACAGAGCUGAUUAACGUUUCACAUCUCUGCAAUUUUAGCUUCCAGCCUGUUAAGAAUGGCUUUGUUGUUAAAAAAAAAAUCAAAAAGAAAUAAGUAUGUCAGGAAGUUUUGUUUCCAUUUUUUGGGGAGGGAGACUUUUGCCACGCCUUGUGACUUGAGAGAGAAGGCAGCUUUAACUAAUUUUCUCAGAGAUAUAUGUUGGUGUCUGAUGUUUGUAUUUGUUUCUAUAGUCCUUUUUUUAUGUCCUGACAAACAUCUGAACUCUGUAAAUUGUCUUUCCAUCAGACAAAAAGAAAAGAUUAACCAAACUUAAAGAAUGGUCUGCACCAUUGUUGCACUUUUUUUGCUUGGUGGCUUUUGACAACAGAAAGCAUUCUACCUGCUGUGUAACUUAUUCAACAUCCAGCCCAGUACUAUACUAAAGUGGAGCUUCCCCCCACCACUCACAGAAAUCUGGAUGUUUUAAUUUGCUGUCUUUUCUUGUAACUGGUACAUUAUAUUUCUAGUGUUACACCUGCAUCAGUUACAAUGUAAAGUGCAUGGUACCGUUAAAUGAAUUUGCUGUCAUGGUGAUUCAGCACCAUGACCACUUAAUCUGUUUUCUUCAUGUCAAGCAGCAGACAAGCUUUGAGUAGAACUUCUAUUAGGUCAGUGUCAAGCAGAGCGGUAGCAUUGCUCCCUGAGUCUUCUUUAAGAUAUGUGAAAAUGAUGCAAUGUUUUGGUUUUCGCUUUUCUCAUUUAACAAAUCCCUUCUGCUCUAAACCUGUGAUUUCCUCGCAAUUUGAUUUUGACUUUUAAAACGUUUGUUGUAGCACAUGCACAGAUUUUUAUUUACUGUCAUUUUCUUUUCAUUCAUCCUGUUUAGGUGGGAUGCUAUGUGUUUACAGACGCAGUGACAAAAACAAAAAAGUUUACAAACUUGAAUCUUAGAGGAAUCCGACAUGAAGCAGAAAAACUGAAUUGGAGCAUCUUUUCAGCUCAUUAUUAAACACACAGUGGUGACUUUCUUUCUCUCUUUUUUCUUUUUAAAAUUGAGACUUGAAACCCCAUGUAUCCUAUUAUGUUAAAAAUGCAAUGUUUGUAUCGCACAAUGUCUCUUAGUAGGCUAUUACAAAAGUUCAGACCAAUCAAAUAAAGUGGAUCAGUUCUUUGCCACAGAAACUUUUGAAGGUUCAUAGGUGUGCCAUCUUUUUUUUAAAUGCAUUUUUUUCUUUAAUCCUUUUUGACUGCACACUGUCGUAAUGCUUGGUCACUGAGGUAUACUGCAACUGUUCACUUUCAUUUGUAUUGGUGAAUUUAUGCAAUAUAAAAUGAAAAUCUGUCAGGAUUUGCAAUAUAAUAAAUAGUAUGUAAA